CCGCAAUUGGCGAUAUCAUAAGGAACUUCGUCUCUGGUUAACAAAAGAACAAGGGACGGAGCCAUUUACGAAAACUCAAGUUUAUGAGCGAGGAAACUAUAUCUUUUUCGAUCCAAAUACUUGGGAGAAGGUUAAAAAAGAAUACCUUCUUAUGUACGAAUCUUUAGAAGAACGACCUACGAUGUUAAGCGGCAUGGGUGGAUCAUCAUCUUCUUCAAGCCUUUCUUCACUAACGACACCAAAUUUACAACAACAAGCUGCAGCUCAACAAAAUCUUGCAACAAAUUCAAUGAAUAUGGCAAAUUUAAUGAAUUUAGGAAAUUUAUCUUCAACAGUAGGUGGUGCUAGCGGGUUAAACCCAGGUGCCUUGGCUGGUUUAGGUGCCGCUAAUCCUGCACAAUUACAACAAUUACAUCAUCAAUAUCCUACAGGAGCGACCAAUUCAGGAUCACAUCAUCAAUUAGGUGGACCUGGUCUUGUACAAG